CGUCCUACUCACCUUACUACCACCUUCCAGUGGAACUUUCUUCAGUGUCCAUGAUCCCUGCAGCAUUCCAGUGCCGUAACAAAUGUAGGAUCACGGUACUGGACAAUUCUUGAGAAUUAAGCAGCCUCAGCGACUGCCAAGUGCUAGGCGCAUCUGCGUGCCGGCGCCUGAAGGGUGAGCGAAUGGCGGUGCUCCUCCUGCUCUGGUUGGCGGCUCUGCUCGCCUCCUCGUCUGCCUCCGCGCCGGGCUUCGACUACUUCGUGCUGGCGCUGCAGUGGCCGGGCACCGUCUGCCGGAGCAGCGCCGCCGGUGGCCCCUGCUGCUCAUCCAACGCUUGCUGCCGUUCUGAUCGGAUCGGAUGGUUCACAAUUCAUGGGCUCUGGCCAAGUUAUGCCCAUGGGAACGGACCAACUUGCUGCAACAACCCAGAUUUCGACAUGGCAAAGAUCUCAAACCUGACGAUGGAGUUUCAGAAGUACUGGCCCUCACUAUACUGCAGCACGCCAUCUCUCUGCUCCGGUGGCCAUGGAUCUCUGUGGGCGCAUGAGUGGGAAAAACACGGGACAUGCUCGUACCCUGUGAUCCAGGACGAGUACAGCUACUUCUCUACAACCCUGCACUUGUACUCCAGCUACAAUGUCACAGCUAUGCUGGCAAGCAAGUUUAGCAUAGGCGCAGAUGAUGGCAGCAGGUAUCUGGUGGCGGACCUGGUUGCCACCGUCAGAAGCUCCUUUGGAGCGUCCCCUCUGUUGCUGUGCGAGGGAGGAUCGUUGCAGGAACUCAGGUUGUGCUUCGACAAGGAUCUGAAGCCUCUUGACUGCAUAAAUGGAGGAACUGGCAAUGAGUAUGAUAUAAUAGAACAUGGCAGGUCUUGUGCGAGGUACAUCAGCCUGCCUUCUUAUAAACCUCAUGGUGGUGACACCAGUGGAGCCACGAGAAGAUUUUCCGCAAACAUAAUGCUGGCCUUCUUUGAUGCAUUCUAGUGUGCCCGAUACCACGCGCCUUGCAAUAGCUGAUUUUGGUGUACGGUUUUAGCAUCAUGUGUAAAAGCAUGGGGUGAUAUAUACAAAGUCUAUGCUGCAUCAUUCAACUACCACAUAUCUAAGUGCAAUUUUCAACCUGAAACUCUAAAAUAUCAUUUAUUUUACUCCAAGUCUCCAAACCAGUGAAUUCGGAUUGCAUGGGGUAGCUUAUUUCACUGGCACCCAAUAGCUCCAUGCUUCAAUUUUUAUGCUAUCUAGGAGUUUGUUGCAUGGUUGU